GAAGCCAGUGUCGCUGUCUCCGCUUGAAUCCCAGCCCCACAGUCCUCGGUACACGGCGUCGAGCCAGCGGGAGCGGGAGAGCUUGGAAGUCCGCAUGCGGGAGGUGGAGGAAGAGAACCGCGUGCUUCGCAAGCAGCUCAGCCUGGCACAGAGUCGCAGCCCCGCGCACCACCGUGGCAAUCACUCCAAAACCUACUCCAUGGAAGAGGGGACGGGCGACAGCGAGAGCCUGCGGGCUGGCAUUGUGGCGGGGAACAGCUCCGAGUGCGGGCAGCAACCAGCAGUGGAAAAAUGUGAGACCAUCCACGUUGCCAUUGUUUGUGCAGGGUACAAUGCCAGUCGAGAUGUUGUCACACUUGUCAAAUCUGUCUUAUUUCACAGGCGAAACCCACUCCACUUCCACCUCAUUGCAGAUGCAAUUGCCAAACAGAUCCUGGCGACUCUGUUCCAGACAUGGAUGGUCCCUGCCGUGCGCAUAGACUUCUAUGAUGCAGAUGAGCUCAAGUCGGAAGUGUCUUGGAUCCCCAACAAACACUACUCUGGGAUUUACGGGCUGAUGAAGUUGGUUCUGACUAAGACUCUACCUUCCAAUCUUGAGCGAGUCAUUGUCCUCGACACAGACAUAACAUUUGCCACUGACAUUGCUGAGCUAUGGGCCGUCUUUCACAAGUUCAAAGGGCAGCAGGUUCUUGGCUUGGUGGAGAACCAGAGUGAUUGGUAUUUGGGCAACCUUUGGAAGAAUCAUCGACCCUGGCCAGCACUUGGGAGGGGCUACAACACAGGAGUUAUCUUGCUGCUUCUCGAUAAGUUACGGAAGAUGAAAUGGGAGCAGAUGUGGAGACUCACAGCUGAGCGGGAGUUAAUGAGCAUGCUGUCCACUUCACUGGCUGACCAGGAUAUCUUCAAUGCAGUCAUCAAACAAAAUCCCUUCCUUGUCUAUCAGCUCCCAUGUUUCUGGAAUGUGCAGCUGUCUGAUCACACCCGGUCCGAGCAGUGCUACAGAGAUGUGUCUGACCUGAAGAGAAGGUCAGAUGUUUGACUACUGCUGAAGUCUACUUCCUGGCUGCAGCUGAGCAGCAUAUACAAAUUUGGAAGGACUCGCAUAUGGGAUCUUUCAGAAAAGGCAUAAGAAGAAUAGAAAUAUUUAUAACCAAGUUCUGCAUUGUUAGUGACCACUGAUUUUAUAUCCAUCUAAAGCAACAUCAAAAUAAGACUACUUUAUCAUUUUCAUUCAUCUAAAUGCUUACUUACCUCCUGUGUCAUACUAUAUAAUGCUAGAGGCCACACUGUACACAACUGGACUGAAGUCUGUGGGCUUCGUUCUGCUGUCCGUGGCGUAUGGAACCAAAACUUCUGU